CGGCGUCUAUUCGAGGGCGGCUACUAUUCGGAGUGCGGCGUUUAUUCGAGGAAAUACGGGUCAAAGAAUUUGUACUUUCUUCAAACUGCUCUGAACAAGAUCAUGCGAAAAGUUUGCCACUUGCCCUCCCGUUGUCAUGUUUCCAUAGUACACUGUGUUGCUAAGACUACAAACAUACUUCGAAUAAUUUAUGGAAGAUUUAUUAAAUUUUAUAAUUCUGGCCUUAUGUCAAAUUCGUCAUUUGUCUCGCGUAUAUUUCAUGACUCAUGUUUUUUAGCUUAUACCUUCGUUGGACAUAAUUUCAUGUUUGGUCAUUUACUCUUACAAAAUGAAACAUAAUAUUAUAUACUGAUCAUG